AUGUCUACCAGUGUCGGGUCUGCCAGCAGAAAAAUUGGCGACCAUGCACUUGAAAUGAACCCCCAGAGCACCACAACAGCCCAAAGCACCACAGCUUUUGACGAGAAGACCACUGUUCAUACAGACAAUGAGAAAUUUGAUACGGAGGCUCCACCAGAGCAAGAACUCAGCCCAGAAAAUGUAUACCGGACAGCAUCUACUGUGGCACCGUCUCAAAGGUCAGCCAGAAGAGACCCCACGCCGAAGGCAACACAUAUCCGGAGGGGGGGCCUCGAAGCCUGGUUGGUAGUCUUGGGCAGCUUCCUCGGCCUCUUUGGAUCGCUCGGCCUGGUCAACACAAUUGGCACUUUCCAAGCAUACAUCCAAACCCAUCAACUGAAGGAAUAUAGCUCAGGAACCAAUGGUUGGAUUUUUGGAAUGUUUGCCUUUCUCACUUUUUUUUGUGGAGUACAAAUCGGUCCCAUCUUCGACGCCCGAGGCCCUCGUCUUCUUGUCUUUGCUGGUUCCGUGAUUGAAAUGGCCAUGAUCAUCCUCGUCGGCUUCUGUACUGAAUACUGGCACUUUAUGCUGGUUAUUGGCGUGCUGGGUGGAGUGGGAGCGUCUCUGAUUUUCACACCCGCGAUCUCGGCGGUCGGUCAUUAUUUCUAUGAGAAACGUGGACUUGCAACUGGCAUUGCUGCCACCGGUGGCUCUGCCGGAGGUAUUGUCUUCCCUCUCGUUCUAGAAGCCCUCUUUCCCAAGAUUGGCUGGGGCUGGGCUACUCGGGUCGUCGCGUUGAUCUGCCUAAUUUCGCUAUUAAUUGCAAAUCUCUUGAUCAAGUCUCGACUCCCGCAGAAGCCAUUUUCCAAGGAGAACGUGCUUCCUGACUUCCGGAUCUUCCGAGACCCGCGAUUCGUACUUACCACCGCCAGCGUCUUCUUCAUUGAGUGGGGUCUUUUCGUGCCAAUUAGUUACAUCUCAUCCUACGCCCUCGACCAUGGUUUCUCUACCAAGUUCUCGUACCAGAUCAUUGCCAUCUUGAAUGCCGGCUCAUUUCUUGGCCGAUGGUUGCCCGGCUUUUUCGCUGAUUUCCUUGGUCGCUUCAACACAUUGAUCGCGACGGUAGCGCUCUGUGUGCUCUGUAAUGCCUGCCUGUGGCUUCCUGCUGGAGAUAGUAAGGCUCUAUUGAUCGUUUACGCCGUUCUUUUUGGGUUCUCAAGUGGCAGCAAUAUCAGCCUGACUCCAGUCUGUGUCGGCCAACUCUGCAAAACCGAAAACUACGGCCGGUAUUACGCAACUGCCUAUACCAUAGUGAGCUUCGGCACUCUCACCGGAAUCCCCAUCGCAGGUGAGAUCUUGGCACGCUGCAAUGGAUCCUACUGGGGCCUUAUCACCUUUACUAUCUGCUGUUAUGCGGCUGGCCUUGCAUGCUGUACUGCCGUCAAAGUCAUUCAAGUUGGCUGGCGUCACCCUCUCUCGAUCUAUUAA